AGGAAAACUCAUUUCGGUCGUCAAUCCAAAGUACAUGUACAUAUCAACCCAAGAGGUUGGGAAUUAUUGCGUAGUGACAUGGGAUUUUUUUCGGAACAGGACAUGAUGUGGGUAAACUUCUUUGAACCAAAAACAAAUUUUUUCAAUUAUUAUUUCUUUAAGUUAGAUGACCAAAAUGCAAUUACCAAGAUAUACAAAAAAUUUCGCUUUAUACGCAAAGAGACAGUGGACACAUAUUUAAUCCAUUUUCAUGGCUUCUACAUCGCACGAAUGAGUUCUUCAUUUCUUGAUGCAUUCGACGCCAAAACCCAUGACUGGAUCGGGAAAAUCAACAUUAAACGGAAAUACGGGCACUGUCUGUAUAGUUUAGACAGUUUUCAAUACUCGCUUGUUAUCGUAACAUACCAGUCCAUUUACAAACCUCGGCAUGACUACCGGUACACUUUUUACUUACAUAAGGAAGACAAAAAUAGUAUCGCAUUGAGGGUAAAUUGAUUUCUAUUUUUUGAAAAUUAUUAUUGCCGUAAAAAGAAACAUAUGUACUUUGUUCCAGAAUGAAGCGGUCGCCAGGAAUCUUAAAGGAAUGGGCGGCUUUUUAUUGAUCGAGGUUUGAUCGAGUUAUGAUCGAGAUUUAUAUAUACUCUUUAAUAUCAUAUGUACUUCAUCAAUUUGUACAGUGUGCAUCAGGCGAAAUUCUGUUGAACGGAAACACGUUUCGCUUGGCGCAUAUGGCACGAAUGAUUCACAUUAACUGAAAUGUUAGAAAAUACCAGGCACGCAGACGGUCAUCUCCUCCUCUGGCAGAGUCUGUUCUAAGCCUCAAGUUCUGUUUUCACUAUAACGCUGGCGUGAACUAAAUUUAGCGUUACCACAUUCGACAUAGGCCUUUGAUCUUUAAUGCCUUAUUUUGAGAAGCCCUUAGGAAAAAGUGCGAGAAACCGUUAAGAAGUCGGAAAAAGCCUUCUUCACGUGAUCUCUCGUCAAAAGAUGUACAAGCUUUAUUGUCUUCAUCGUAGAGACGCCCUCUUGCGGAUGGUGUUAACAAUCUUGCUUGUUUUACAGAAAAGUGGACGGGCGUCACUCCCUAGGUUUAAAUACGUGACUACAUUCCCGGAGAGGCCUUUAAAAAAUGAAGUUUACUCUCUCUGCAAGACUGGACACUGCAUCAGCCCCAGGAUCGCUAUCAGUAAAUACGGGGAUGUGGCCAUCGUUAUGAACAGGUUUGUUUACUUCUCAAGAAUCAGCGAACCCCGGAACCAUGUCCUCGUGAAAAGAGACGGGUUCUCCUCCCCAACGAGAGCGUCAUCUCUAGCUUGGUCGGAAGAUGGCGCCAGCUUCAACUUCUUCACGGCGGGACCCAAAAAAGAGUGCCGCGCACUUUUCCAGAUCGAUCUUAUUAGGGACGAAUAUAGCGCUUUUUCAAAUAUGACGAUUUUUCAAUACAAAACUAUAAGUAUAUUAACUGAUAUUAAUAUUACAUCUGUUCCUUAUUUGAUGAUGUAUUUACGCGGGCACAUGAUGGCCAUCUUCGAAGAUAAACCAGGUGAUCUGUACGUCUACAGUAGCAGUGGAGCCUAGCAUUUGUAAGCUUUCAGCAGAGCCGCAAAUGCACCGAUUUCCCCCAGUAAAUACUAGCUGAAAUGGCCUUCAAUAUAAACCAACAAGAUACCUACUACUAACUGUAUCGUCUACAACCAUGCGUCAACUGCAAUGCAUAAAAAAUGAUCGACAACUUUAUCAUAUCAUGUGCGAGUCAGACUCAUCAUUGCAAUACAUGUCAGCUUACACACAACGCUCAUGACUCCGGGAUACAAUCAGUCUUCAUCUAGAAAUAAUAAAUUAUGGAAAAACUCUGAGACAAUCUAGUCCAUUCAUAAAAACUUGGUACUGGUUUGCCGAGAUUUGAACAAGAUUCGAAUUGACUUUGCAAGAAGUGAGAGGUGAUAUCUAACGUUUUGAAAAGCUGACUUUAACUUGCCGGGCAAGGGCAUGGUGCUUUAUUACCUUUGAGGGCCAAGCUAUUUCUACAUCUUUACUGAUUGCUUUGACUCGAACAAACGCUAUGAAUUCCGACCUGGGUGUAUUCGGGAAGUGGCCUUUAACAGAAACCGAGAGCAUUGGAUAUCAUCGUUUUCCAACACAAUGUUUUCAAGCUCGUCAAGAAUGAAGGCCUAAACACCAAUUCGAUUAUGUCAUUCAUGUCGAUACCGCCUCUAGCAUGUCUAAAAAAAUAUCUUGUGGAAAAAAACAACACGAUUUUCGAAUUCGAUCUGACAACACUUGUCCAAUGAAGUGUCCGCCUGUGUAACGAAGAUAACCCUCAUCUAAUAAGGUAUUUGCCUUUGUAACGAAGAUAACCCUCAUCUAAUAAGGUAUUUGCCUGUGUAACGAAGAUAACCCUCAUCUAAUAAGGUAUUUGCCUGUGUAACGAAGAUAACCCUCAUCUAAUAAGGUAUUUGCCUGUGUAACGAAGAUAACCCUCAUCUAAUAAGGUAUUUGCCUGUGUAACGAAAUAAAACACUUUCAAAUAAAGUGUCUACCUAUGUAAGCUACAACACACACAUACAAUAAAGUGUAUUCCUGUAUAACAAUGACGACACUUCUCUUAUAAAACGUCUGCCUGCAUUACGAAGACAAGACAGCACUGGCACUGUUAUUGACAAACUUAUUAUUUUCACAACUAUUGUAGCUUUAACUGUCAGCAUUGGCAUUCCGAUGUUAUCCAUAGUUGUCACUGAUCACCUCCAAUGCUCCUAACAGUCGCUGCUACACUAUGAUAGAGUCAGUCUUCUCUUGGCUGUCGGCGGGAACGGACAGGCGCGCUGCUGAACUUUCGGUAGCGCUGUGACAUGUGUAGUCGAUAAGCUGCGGAGGAUUUGCAGUCGCCUCACAAUGGGACUACGUUAAUUCGCUCUUAAAGUGAUUCUCUUGCUUUAAGUUUUCCCAAGUUGGAAUGAUCAUCGUAUUGUUCUUACUCGAAGACGAGAAGACCGGUCGCUAGGCAAUGACGGAUUAUUACUCUCUUCAUCAGUGAGCCACCGGGCUCAUAGCAAAUCAGCAAGUAAAGUUUUAAGAAAUAGAUCACUUGUCUUGGAGUAAGGUCAUUGGAAUAGGCCUACACCUGUAUAGAACGUGCAGCAAAUGGGCAACUUGAUGGAUAGCAAAUAGCGCACUGGACGUUUGCCUUUACAGCAAAAAGGUAUUGUGACUUGCUGAAAAUUGGCGACCGGGCUGUCAGCGAGUAAGUCAUUGGACGUUCACCUUUACAACAGAAAGGUCUUGUGACUUUCAGCAAAUUGCUCAAUGAAUGGACAGCAAAUAGCCCAUUGGAUUGACAGCGAUAAGGUCUUGUGACCAAAUUGGCAACUGGGUUGUCAGCGAGUAAGCCUUUACAACAAAAACGUUCUGUGACUUGCAGCAAAUUGCCCAUUGGACUGACAGCAAAAAGGCCACAGGACUUAAACCGUCCCGGCAGCAAGAAAGUCAUCUGACGUGUACCUUUACAGCAAAUGGUCUUGUGGUUUGCAGCAAACAGGCCAUCAUAAAACUUUUUUUGCAAAUGGGCGACUUGACUGACAGCUACUAGGCCACCGCUGUUAAAUCCAGUAGGCCACGCUAAUUGCAGCUGGAGACAUUUUGUCAACGAAAAGGAUACAAAAUGGACUGUACUUGCAUACUGGUGAUGGUGAUGUUGGCCUGUCACUGGACGGGUGCGCUCAGACUCAGCAGGAUACAACUAGGUCCACUAUUUGAAGAUCCCGAUGGUCCCGCGGCAGUGGCAUUCCGUUACGCGAUAGGAAUACACAACAACAACCGCACAGACUCUACCUUUAGUUUCCAAUACUACUCCACAUCUUUCAAGCCAAUUUCAAAAUCGGAUGACGCUGUUACCUAUAUAACAUCAGUUUGCGAAAUGAUGGGUAGUGGAUCGUUCGCUCUCAUAGCCAACCACAAACCAUCAUUAUGGAAUAUAGCUAAAUCGUAUAGUGCAGCCUACCACAUGCCUUAUUUUACUGUCGCUCCUGUAACAGAGCCAGAGGAAGACAAGGAGAGUUACGUCAUGAGUAUGCGGCCGCCUGACACUGAUGCUUUAGCUGACGUCAUAGACUUUUUUAACUGGAGAAAAAUUCAUUUUGUAUACAAUAUUUUCCCAGCCCUGGACCGUUUAGAGCAGCUCAGGACUGCGUUACGGAAACGAGGGAAAUACGUGGACGUCUCCUUAAUCCGAGUCCGGGAGCUACGCAACGUGUCCGACGAUCUCCGACAAAUCAACACUUCCUUAAUGCUAACACCUCACGCGAACUGUAACAUACUAUUAGACUUGGAGACGCAGGAUGACACAGCCACAGUCAUUAAGGCGCUUGUCGAUAUGAAGAUGAGCACAAAGAGAUAUCACAUCCUAAUAACGGGCAUGGAUGUCAAAUCGUAUGACUAUGAAAGCCUAAGUUCAACAGGAGCCAGGGUAACCGGGAUGACACUGAUAGAGGAAUCAAGACACGAGGUGAAAGCCUUCUUAGAUGGAUGGUCAUCGCUUGACCCGAGGCAGUGGCCGGGCGCAGGAGAAAAACAAGUAACGUCCACAGCGGCGUUAGUAUACGACGCCGUCAGUGUAUUCAGUGCAGUCUUGGACGGCUUUUUACAAAAGGACGCUGACAUAUUUCGGAAUACGUUUCGGCGAGGUCUCGUUUACAACAAUAAUGAAAAAGGCAUCCAGUGUCAUGUUCAACCUCGGCCCUGGAUGCAUGGGAUAAUGCUAAGAGAUGGGUUUAAACAGGUUGAUAUUCAGGGACUUACUGGUAGAGUAGUUUUUACCGAUUCGGGUCAGAGGAAAAAUUACAAGUUGACCAUUAUGACGGCAUACAAUAGGGCAUCUUUGAGAAAGAUUGGUGUCUGGACUGACAUCCGCGGGUUGAAAAUCACCGAUAAAAAUGCUCACGUACUGACUGACAUCGACCAGCCAGAGAUGCCCACCGACCAAGUGAUAGAGAUUGAGCGAAUUCUCGGCGAUAACACCAACGGCCCAGCCAAACGACUCGAUCCCAAGGAAGCAUGCGGAGGGAAUGGGGCAGAAACAUUAUCUAUCAUAACACCAUGGACAGUUAUAAUCACAAUUGUGUGUACAUGGAGUUAUUUACAAGGACUUGGAUAUUUAUCGUAGUGUUUCGUGAGUUAAAUUGUUUUAUACGUUGAAAAAUCAAGAGCCAAGUAGAGGGUGAUCUAAUGAAUAAUGUGAACAUCAUAUGUAAAUGUUCGCUUGAAAAGUCCGAUAACCUAUCACAUGUUAGGUGCUUGACGCUCUACAGCCAAGCGAAACAAAUGUGCUUAUUUCAAUAACACAAUAACAAAAUAUUGUUGUGAAACUGUGCAUUUGACAUGUCACUUCUCAUGUUUCACUUGUCAUGAGUUAACUGAUUGAGGCUUGAAAACACGAUGUUGGAGUGAAAAGUGACCUCGUGAAUCGUAUGUAGCCCGCUCUUUGGAAAUGACUUGUUCGUUCUGCAUGUCACACAUGAAUGGCGAACAGUGGCACGUUACAUGUGAAAACGUGAACUACUGUAUAAAUCAUCGCGGCUGCGGCUGGGAGUUUAUUUAUAUUUACUGACACAGUGUUUGCUUUAUCAAGUUCACUGUGGAAACAGCUAUAAAAAGCUAUGAUAUUGGUGCCAAUUUGCUAUUCUCUUGUAAGCUGCACUGAUAUUUUUCAUCAAUCGAACCAGCUUCUAAACUUAUCAACAUCUAGAGCCAACGCUAAGAAACCUGCUUGUAGUUCAUGGCUCAACAAAUCAUCUUGGGUAAUAGAAAUGCUUAUUAGAGUCGCUGUAUUGAUUUACGCUAUGUUUGCCUAAUCACGAGUUCUCACUGAGGCGCCAGUCUGAGGUUUUUGGGUACAAACUCAGUCAAUGCUCCGAACUAUACAUAAGACAGGUUUCGCAACCCAGACGAAAAGCUACAAACGAGGGAUGUACUAAAUGUAUAUUUUAUCGACGAGUUUUCCGAUUUCUCGUGCUCUACGAAGUAUGAAAGCUUAAACGAAUAAGCACAUAACUUGAUGACACCACUGACUUACGUACUUCGUCGUUCGUAAGGGUUGCGAAUCCUCCCUAUUAGCGCCACACUGAUAUUUUGAAGUACCUGAUGACCUCAGCUUAGAAAUCGUAGCAACAGUUGUAAAAGUUCUAAAAAUUGUAAUGUAACUACAGCGACAAAAGGUAAUUGAUCGGAUUACGCCCGGGUUGCGAUUUCUCGACAUUCGUAUACGAGGUACCGGCUUAACUACAACUCUUGCACUGUCACUUGUCCAUCUUGACCACCAAGGUUUUCGCAUCUUAUCAAGAUAUACCCCGCCUAUGGUUAGAGGGAGUGUAGACCGGCCAUGAGGUUCGGGAUGUCAGGCGAUUGAGUUAGGAAUGUGGCAUUGAAAUGUUGAGGACAUAAUUAGUUCUAUGAUGCCAAUGCUAGCAAGAACUAUCCUGUCAUAUUCCUAAAACGAUGUUGGCACCAUGCAUACAGUUACUGCUUAUCCUGCAAACAGAGACCAAGUCAGUCACACGCAAAUAUAUCAUGGGUAUUAUACUGUUAACUGGAAGAAAAAGCCAACUGUUAAUAUCCCAAAAGACGCCAGAAUCAUGUUUAUGCAUACUUGAUGUCCAAGGAAAAUAAGACGAAAAAUACACGUUUUAUAGGAGUUGCCAUGGUAACUGUUGUUUUUGAAUUGCCCAUUGGUGCCAGACUGACAACCGAUGAAAUACUUUUUUAUAUGUUCUGCGUCCGAAUUAGAUUGAAUGCCAGCAAACGAAGGGCGGUCGGUGGUAUUUUAUUAUCUUCGUAAAUGAUUCGUUUAUUAUAUGAUUUAUAAUCAGAGAUAUGUUGAGUUGUGAGCUGAGCAGAUACUAAAGAUAAUUUCUCUAUCAGGCAUGCUGUAAUGUAACAUUGGAGGAAAUGUAAUGAAGCGUACUUGUAUAGCUCUUGAUAUUGUAUAACCCCACUGUCUCAAAGCUGUCCGAGAUAGUUGCCUCUAAGAGGGUAGGCCCGGGUUGCGAUUGCGGCUGAGGCGACAGGUUUACCAGCCAGGCAACUCGCUCUGAGGCGUUUGUAAUGUAGUAAUGUGGUGUAUGAGGAAAGGAAAUGAAAUGUGUGUUCUUCUAUAGCGUUUUAUAAUGUACAACUUUACUGUCUCAAAGCUGAGAGAGAUCGUCGCUUCACCAGGGGUAGGGUUCUGACCCAUGAUCGAUAGGCGUCAGACAGGAACACGGCCUCCGAUCAAAACAAAAUGUUUCUAUUCGUUCGCGAUUUCGCACAUAACUAUAAUUCUGGUUUUCGUACCGUAUACUUGCCUGGCUGUUGACGUGGCGCGUAAAUCAACGGUCCAAAUUGGAAACUCAGAUAUAUCCGAAUGUUUCCUCCACUCAGACAACCCUGCUGCAUCACAUUAUCACAGAAUCCCAUUAUCGCUCGGUUUAUGAACCAGGUAUUACAUUCAUACAACCCACAACAAGCAAAACAUUAUCAGAUUCCGCAUCAUAUAUGUACCGAUAUUUGUAAGUCACUCAAUGAAAGCAAUGACUCGAUUUCCCAAUACUCGAUGCUUUCCAAUAGGUCAGGAUGGUAACACCAAGCUGACCAAGACGUAUCAUCUUCCGGCGCGAGAUGUUUCAUCUUCCGGCGCUAGCUGUAUCAAUGGUUCACCGUAUCAAUCUCCUAGAGCACGGUGUAUCAGUCUAGGUUGGAAAUUAAAGUACGAUUAUCGAUAUGGGUACAUGUCUGAGAAUUAAGCGAAAAGCUGAUGUAACUAUCUUACAUAGGAAAACCUGUGGACUUACUUGAGUUACCAAUAUAAGAAGGGCUCAUGAUAGCUAACGCCUAUAGGUAUACAUGGAGGAAAGGUGUAAUCCUUUUAUAGGAUACUGCAGAGGUGUCACUAAGAACUGUUUAUACUGUAGCCCAAGCAAACUUGAGGACUUAAUUGAGUUACCAAUACAUAUUAUAAAGGGUCGCGAUAGCUUACACCUGUGGGUAUCAUCUUCAGGAGGCAAGGUGUAUCGAUGUAUAUUGGUGAGGAAGUUAGGUGAGAUUCUCAGGUGAAAAGGGUAUCAUUAUCGAUAAUGGUAAAUUUGUGUCACUAUCGGGUGAAGACGAUGAAGCCAUAUCACUGACAUGGUUGUAACAGACGCCGCUAAUUGUGACAGUUAUGUUAUUCUGAACAGAACGCCUGGUAAGGUCAAGGUAGGAGACAAGUCUGGUAUUAUAAAUCCGACCAGCGUUCAAGCGAAAAUAAGUGAAGCAGUAGCGCAGUGGGAGAGUCGGCCUCGUGAUUAAGAGGUCAUGGGUUCGACUGCUUGGUUCCCAUACUUGUCGAGUUCAAGUGAGCGCCUUCUGGUUGCUCCUUGGAAACCCGGAUUGAUUUCUGUUGUGACCGGGGUAUUAUGGUAUCCAAAAGAGUGCUUUGAAGAGGAAACAUGGGAAAACGCCAUAAGAACUCAAUAUUUUUAUCAUGGAUCUAUGAUGAUUAUAACAAACCUCCUUUACACCCGGAUCCCAUAAUUGAUUCUAUAACGGGCAAUUAUAUAUCAAAGUCAAAGACGUUAAUGUAUCAAUCUGGGCAUGAUUGUUAAAAAACAGUUACGUGUAGUCACUAACCUUUUGUUAACUUCAACUUGACCUUUUAAAGUAUAACGUGCUUAACUGAAGGAGGCACCCGUUCAACACCCGGCCCUGGUGUUAAACGGUCAGAACCAACUACUCCUGUUGCUCGCCACGAAUCCAAAGACUUUCCCACAGCAGUAGACCAUUUACACAUGCAAUUAUUUCAACAAAUCAGCAUGGCCUACGAUCUGUUAUAUCUUCUCAAGAGGCUGGCGUAUUAUUCUACUUUGCCAAGAAAAUAACGCCUUGGUAUCUUGGUUCUUUUCACCAUCCGCUAUAUCUCCUUAUAUUAGGCCAUCUCUCCAGCCGAAAGUCCAUCGUCAUGCGAUGAUAAGAGGUGUUGCCUGGCUUCAUCAGGACGUGAGAGAACAAUCAUCUUUAUGCACCUCACAAAACCUCUUUGUAAGGAUUCUGGUUGCCCAGUGCAAUUUAAGCUUACAUAUUAUUUAAGAAACAAAUUAUUGGUAGCAAUACUGUUGUGUGUGUUGUCUUGACACGGUGGUAGGGCAUCCGACAAGUGAUUGGCAGGUCGUGGAUUCGAGACUCGGCCAGUACCACUCGGUACAUUCAACUGGCCAGAGAUUGCAAAGUGUAGUGCAGAAUGUGCCCUGUUAGGUUGAGGUUAAGAAAUUAAUGUAAAGUGUCGAGACAGUGAAGUUGUACAGUAUAAAGCGCUAUAAAGAAUAUAUAAUUUCAGUGCAUAACACAGGGGAUCCGAAACGAUUGCAUCCCAUACACACGCAAAAGUGUGCAUGCAUGGAUCAUUGAUGGGCCAUAUGGAUCUAGGAUGAUCAUUACCAACAACGAUUUACACUGGGAUCCCAUCAUGGAUUCUAUGAUGGCCGAUGGUAGAUCCACUGAUGGCCCAUGGUAGAUCCACUGAUGGCCCAUGGUAGAUCCACUGAUGGCCCAUGGUAGAUCCACUGAUGGCCCAUGGUAGACCCACUGAUGGCCCAUGGACGUCUCAGUGAUGGGAGCUCCAUCAUAGGCCCAAUGACGGUGGGGCCCAUAAAAAUGAACCUAAGAAGCAAAGUACAAAUCCAUUUGAGUAACAGUCUUCAGAGUUCUGGAGAAUAAGGGUAGUUCACCAAUUCUGAUAUACAUUUUCUGAUGGCGCGUCAAAAUAUCUACAACUGAUUCCAUCCAUGGAUCAAUGAUGGGCUCAUGGUAGAUACGACCAUGGGUUCCAUCCAUGGAUCUAUGAUUGGGAUUCUCCAUCAUCCAUCCAUGGAUAGGCCCAUGGAUGGAACGUAGAUGAUUAAUCGCCGUCAUUGAUCCAUACAUGGACGGCACUUUUACCUAAGUGUACACCAUGGGAAAUUAAUCGUUAACGAUAAAGCUAUAACGUCAAAUGUUUCUGUUAGUUUAGGUCAUUUCGUUGUGCCAUCUUGAAAUCGUUGAAUCUGAUACUCUAACAUUGUAUCAAUGGAUAUAAAGGUCAUGUGUAUAGUGUGAAUAGUGUAAAAAUGUACAGAGUCAACUAUUCUUCAUUUGGAAUCUUUGUAUACAGGGUGUUUCAAUAAAGUGGCGGUCCUAAUCAGUGGUCAGCAUGUUCGUUCGGUUCAUAAUUUUAAAAUUUAAAUGAAGUGUUACAGGUUUUGGGGUUCAGAGCUCACAGUUUACAAUAUCAUUAUUCUAUUAUAACAUGUUCGAGCUCAAGUCUUUGGUUCACCCUGCAUAUACGACAUACAAAGGACACCGCUAAGAUAAGAGGGACCUGUGUGGACAGGCGACCCGGCAAUUCUCCAAAAGGCCAAAUCGGUCAUUUUUUAUAGUCAAUCAGUGAUCGGAAUAUUUCUUAUAUCAUGAAAUUAAAAAGGGAUGUGACCUAAUAUCGUGAAUAAGUUUCGGCAAAGGUAAUUAAAGGGAAUCAAAGCAAAACACCGUAAAAGUUCAAAAAUGUUAAGAUCCACAACAUAAUAUUGGAAAAGCUACGGCGAAAAUAGCACAUUAUUCAAUGCUAUCAAUCACACACAGCACAUCCUUAAAGGAUGUCCUUAUAGGAUGUGCUGCCUGUUAUCGAAACAUCUUGACAACAGUGAUGUACAUGUAAAUAGCCUUUUUUCAUCUUUGUUUUUUAUUUGAUUUCUUAUGCUUAUAUGUAUAUUGUAUGGCGUGCUUCCGUGCAAUUGACAGUCGUUGUGAAAGUGAAUGAAGUCCCUUCGGUCCUGUCAAAUUGUUUAGUGGAAGAUUACUAGUACGUAAAAAGCUAUAUGGCCUCCACUUGAAAUUGGGAAGUAUUUAUACUAGAAUGUCGAGUUCUCUGUAUAAGCUCUCAGGGGACGACGAUUUCUUAUCUGCACCCGUUUAAAAAAUAAUGAUAUAUCUUUCUGUUUUACAACAAUCCAUUAAGCCAGAACAUAGAUAGACGGUAGAGUAAAAACACGAUUCGCUGAGACUGAGACUUCAACUUGACAUCACGGCUGCAUGCCGAUCUACCGUCUUUGUGCGUAUUACCCAAAGGUGGAGACUUUAGUAUCGAGGUUUACCCCCUGUAAGUCGGCAUGCGCGACAGUUACUUACAUGAUUGUUAUACAGUUGACAAAUGUUUCAAAAUAUCGGCGAAUCACUGAGAGGUAUUACAUCGGAGACAAGACCACUAAUGAAUAUUCAUAGGUUGGAGGGUCGCGGCCUAUCAAUUAGACGAGUGCAUGUUUUUUACUCUCAAGUACAUAUUUGGAGAGGUAUUGAAAAAAUAUUUGCUGUGGCAAGUCUACAGAUAUAAAGAAAUUAUUUGAUGAAAAAAUUAAUUUCGAAUUUUGCUAAUUGGGUAAUAGGGGGCGUGUUUUGAGUUUUUUCUGCCAGUUGGCUGAAAACAGUGGAAAUAUCAAAGUCUGUCUAAUUUGUCGAUUAUAAAAAUAUUUCCGUGAUCAAUCACCAAUUUCCAUCGCACCAGUUACUCGCAAGACUAACCCGUAUAUCAUAUCCGAAUUUCAGUUUCACUACUUGACGCGUUCUUUGAUGCGUCGCGGUCAAACAUUGACAAUUUAACUGCUAAAAGGCUUAAAAAAUCAAUUGUGGUCUUGUCUCAUCGUGGUAUUAAAACAGGUGAAAUUGUUUUCACUGUUCAUGUAUAUAAUACAUACAUGUAGCGUGAUUCACUCGUUAUUCAAUGAUAUCGUGAUGUAUACUGAGAAUACAAUGCUCUUGUGUAUAUCGUCUUGUUAAUGAAUGAUGUUACACUGGUCCAUUAAAAUACUUUUAUGAGAAAA